AUGAGCUCUUCUGACCGCAACGACUCCCCCGAAACACCUGACUCUUCUGGCGCUGGUACGCCCAACAACCCGAAUCGCGCUUCUGCCUCGUACAUCACCAAUAUGUGGACCGGCCUCAUCCGUCGCUUCUCCAGCGAAGGUUCCUUUCCUAGCCAGGCCGACACCGCCUACGACGAGGACAACUUCAAGUACCAUAACGACAACGGCAAGGACGGUAUAAACGGUGUCUUUGCCCCUGUCCGCCGCACGGCCAGUCCCCUACGUCCACCGCCGCUUGAUCCCCUCAUCCUCCAUGGUUAUCGCCAGGGCACGCCCUCAUCGGCAAAGUUGCUCACCGGCGCUGUGGCGGAGGAGAUUCGCACUAUGGUUCCUGAGCGUUUGCGCAUCGUGGACGAUUGGCAUCUUAUCUACAGUCUCGAGCAGGACGGAGCGAGUUUGGCCACGCUGUACCAGCAUUGUCGCCAAUUUGAGGGCAAACGAGCGGGCUUUGUCCUUGUUAUCAAGGAUCUCGAAGGAGGGGUCUUUGGCGCUUACCUUUCCGAAUACCCUCACCCUGCGCAUUCUUACUUCGGCAACGGCGAGUGUUUCCUAUGGCGCGCCUCGACUAUCACGCCUCUCCCACCGCCUCCCUCGGCCGAUACAACGAACCUCAACUCUCGAAUCACAACCCUCGCUCCACCACCGCCUGGAUCGGAAAGCAACACCCCUACGCACUCCCGCGCGCCGUCGCCUACGCCUAGUGAAGCUGUUCGGUUCAAGGCGUUCCCAUACAGCGGUCUAAAUGACUUUUGCAUCAACUGCGAAACGAAUUUCCUGAGCGUUGGGUCGGGCGGCGGACACUAUGGUCUGUGGCUGGACAAUGGACUUGAGGUCGGGCAUAGCUCCAGGUGCGAGACUUUUGGCAACGAACCUUUGAGCGAUGAAGGCACCAAGUUCGGAGUCAUUGGUGUGGAACUUUGGGUCAUGGGCGUAUGA